AUGUUCGCUCGAUCCGCCGUUCAGCUCUUGACUAUCGCUGUCCUCGCUAUUCGCUCGACUGCGUCUCCUUUGGCUUCAAAGCCUGCCUUUGCACUGGCUGCUCGAACUGACCACUCCUUUGAUGGUUUCAAUGGUAUCUCCUCUCUAGACAACUUUGACAAUUUCUACGGCGUGGGCAACUUCCACCAUGCUGUCUUCGACCAGGUCGUUGUCCAUGAACAAGAGGUUGUCUGCCACACUCAGGUUAUAGAGGUCAUACAGCAACGUCUUGUCGUGCUUCAGGAGAUGGCUAAGAGGAUUAUCACAGAACAAAUCUGCGAAGUCGAGACUCAGACAGUUGUCUUCUCCCAAUUCCACGCUUCCCUUGGCAAUUUCUACAGUGACCUCAGGCGUCAGUCAGGCAAACAAGUCGGAUUCGACGACAAGAUUGCCGGCAAGUUCCCUGAUCUCGUUCAGUCUGACGGAUCUCUUUCCACCAACGAUCUCGGUUUCACCGGUUCGGAGGUUGGAAGCAAUACCGUUGUCCCCGCUGGCAGUAAUUGGAACGACAAUACUUCCCCUAAUUCCGUUGAUUCAGCAUAUUUUGCAGCUCAGAGCGCACGGUUUCAAUGA